GUCGGUUAUGUAAGGUGCCUUGAUCAUGGCCGAUGACGAAGACGACUACUUGUCCGACAAGUUCUUGCUAGAGACGUAUGCAGAACGUCGAAAGGAGGCGCAACGGCUUUCUGCGAUCAAGAAUGAACAGAGCAGGAAGAAGAGCAGGCGCCAACUCGAGCAAGAGGCCGGGAAGAGGGGCUUCGCAAAAGCUUGGCUGCAGAACAAGGCGUUGGCUAUGAUGAUGAAGAUGGGCUAUAAGCCGGGAGAGUCGCUGGGGCAAAACUACGACGACCCGCCGCCCGCUGAGAGCAGCGCGGCCGCGGCCAAGUCUGCUACUGCGGACGACGACGUUCCAGCGGAUGCUUUCGCUGUUGCAGAACCGGCCAAGGGUGGGAUCGGACAUAGGGUCGAGCCUCUGCCUCUGAACGAAUGGGCUGGCAAGACGGGUAUCGACCAUGUCGGCUUCCGGGACCGCGCACGCCAGGAGUACGAGGACCGCCGCGCCCAAGGCCGCCUCGCGCCUGCGCAGCGCACCUGCAUCACCCUCGACGAAAAGGACGGCCGUAAGGUGUGUCAUCCUGUCGGGUAACUAUGCGCUGUGCCGUGCCAUCUGACUACGGGACACCCAGUUUAACAUCCUUUGGCUCAACCCCGAAAACGCGGAGACGUUCCCAGAGGGCCUCAUCGACGAUCUGGAUGAUCCUGAGCUCGUCGCGAGCCUGUCUCGGCAGCAGGCAGGCGACACCAUCGAAGGACGGCUGAAGCAAAGAUGCGAGCGGACGCGCUGCAGCCGCUGACGACGACACUCGAGGACGAAGAGGAAGCGCUGCCGGAGAAGGCAAAGCUGCGUGGAUCGCCUUAUUCGGAAGAGGAGGUCCAGGAAGCGAGGCAAUUCCUCCGUCUCAACGUGAGUGUGGCAGUACUACGCCCGCAGUCGUCAACGUGCUCAUGAUGUUCCUUAUGGGUGCACCUCGUGCCAGGCAAAGCAUCGGUUGCAACUAGUGCUUGACUACCUGCGACAAAGAUAUACGUAUUGCUUCUGGUGUGGAACACAGUAUGACAACCAGGA